AUGGGCGAAAAUGGGGAUCUCUUCGGAGUCGGAGUCAAAGCAUCUUUUCCACACUCGUUAGCCGCCCGUCAUGGAUUUGGUCCUGGCCGCCAGGAUUGGGGCUACAGCGAGGUACGUCCCGGGGCGUUCAUGUUCUGGUGGUUGCACUACGCCGGUGCUGGAAAUCAAGUCGACAAACCACUGCUCAUCUGGCUUCAAGGUGGACCCGGUGGUUCUUCGACCGGGUACGGUAACUUCGAAGAGAUUGGACCCCUCGAUCGGUCGCUCAACCACCGACCGCACGCAUGGGUGAACGACUACAACGUCCUAUUCAUCGAUAGCCCCGUAGGAAGUGGGUUCAGCUACGUCGAGGAUCGCUCGCAGCUGGCGACCAACAGUACGACCGUGGUGCAGGAUUUGAUGCGAAUGCUGAAAGAUUUUUACGCCCAAUCGGUCACCUACGCCGACUGGGAACGGCACGUUCCGCUCUAUAUCGCCUCGCAGAGUUACGGUGGGCGGAUUGCGGUCGAGUUGGCCGAUGGGCUGGUGCAAGCGGUACGCAGUGGCGAUAUGCACUGCCAGCUGCACGCACUGUUCCUAGGCAACGCAUGGCUGUCGCCGAUCGAUAGCAUUAGCGCGUGGCCCGACUAUCUUCACCGGAUGGGAUACGUUGGUGCUGAGGGUGCGGCCCGCAUCGAGCAGCGGGUGGCCGCGGUCAGGGAGCAGCAGCAGCACCAGUCGGUGCCAACGGAACACCAGCAGCAGUCAGUGAAAGCGAUAGACAGCUGGCACUCACUGCAGCAGGCCAUCAUCCGCGAGACACACGGCAUCAACUGCUACAACGUUCUGCAGCCGACCGGGCGUCAAUCGCUUCCGGCGACGGACGAGGGAAGUGACGAGUUGCUGGAGUACGGAGAGACCGUCUGGUGGUGGAACGUCGAGGAAUCGGCGUCAACGCCCCGCCAGCGGCUGGAACAGUUGAUGCGAGGACCCGUGGCGCACGCUCUCGGUAUCGCCGACAAACCACAGCCGUGGGGUGCCCAACGGAAUGCGGUGUUUGAAGCCCUGGCCACUGAUUUCCUGCGCCCAACGGCAACCGCCGUCCUUGGUCGGUUGAUGAACGAAACGCAGCUCGAGCUGGUGGUGUACAACGGGCAUCUGGAUUUGAUUACGUGCCUUCCGGGAACGCUCCGCUGGGUUCGACGGCUGCUGGGUGAACCACUGCUUCGGGAACCGUUUCCCCGUGAUUCCCGCGACAUCCAGGGCUACCGCACGGUCUACGGCAACCCACGGUUCACGCUCUACACGGUGCUUCGCGCCGGUCACAUGGUUCCGGUGGACAAUCCAACCGCCAUGGCGUACAUCCUGCGGGCGCACACAUAG